AUGCGGCCGCACUGGAUUUCAGGCAGUAACAAAUUCUGGUUCCGUGAGAGCAAUGCGCCGGAAGAUUCAUCGUUCGUUUAUGUCGAUCCGAACCAGGGCUUGCGCCAGCCGGCUUUUGACCACGACGGGGUAGCGAGGGCACUGAGGCAGCAGGGUGUUGAGGCUUCAGCUUCAAACCUUCCUUUCGUGUCGAUUGAUGCCAGCGACGAUCUAUCGACUGUGAAGUUUCAUGCCGGAGAGAAAAAUUGGGAGUGGACGAAGGACGGCGUUUUAGCGUCAAUCCAGGACGACAUUCAAGAGGGAGACGCCACGGAGAUGUUGGAGCCUUUGGCUGAGGAACGAUGCUCGGGUGAGAGCUCGAAAGAGACGGUGAUCAAAUUCGUGAAUCGCGCAAAGUGGCGAGUGUCGGUAUAUUGGAUUGACGGUUUUGGCAGAAAGAAGCAUUAUCAAGACGUCGAACCCGGACGCGCGAAAAGUCAACAUACUUAUGAGGGCCAUGUGUGGCGAGUUACAAGAGAUGGUGAUGGUGAGGUGGUUGCGAGCUUCGCCGCUGAGUCUGAGAAGAAGACAGCUGUCAUUGAGGAGGGACUUCCUGCACCGAAACCUCUGGCCGAGGCUCCAAGCGAUUUGUCCAAGCGGCAGAGCAACGGGACGAGCGAUGGCUCGGGUGUCUUCUUCAAAGACAAUAACGUAUGGUUCAGGGAUAUGAACGGACAGGAAGUCCAAAUGUCCACAACGGGAACCGAAGCUAGCCCCUUCAGCAAUCUGACUUAUCCUUCGCCAAACAACAAGUUCGUCGUUAUUUUCCAGUCUACGCCAGCUCAAGAGCACACCGUCUACGAAGUCGAGUCGAGUCCUUACGAUCAGCUUCAACCCCGCUUGCAUCAGUUUCAGUACCUGAAACCUGGUGACAAUGUGACUAUAGAUCGGCCGCGAAUGUUCGAUUUGACGAACCAACGCGAGAUUCCUACGGAAAAUGCAUUGUUCGAGAAUCCGUAUGAGCUUUAUGCACUGAAUGGAGGGUGGAAUACGGAAGGCACCGAAUACCGCUUCCUGUACAAUCAGAGGGGCCACCAGGUUUUGCGCAUAGUCGGCAUGAACACCCAAGGAGACGUGCGAGCCGUGAUCGAGGAGAAGAGCAACACAUUCAUUGACUACGCGUACAAGCUCUAUUACCGAGAGAUCACCAGCUCUAAUUCGAGCUCUAAUUCAAGCUCUCAUUCAAGCGAGUUGAUUUGGGCCAGCGAACGUGACGGUUGGAACCAUCUCUACCUCUACGACAUGAAGACUGGGAAGGUGAAGAACCAGAUCACAAAAGGGGACUGGCUAGUGCGGUCCGUCGACUACGUGGACGAAGCAAAACGGCAAAUCUGGAUCAAAGUAUUCGGCGCAGUGCCAGGCCAGGACCCGUACUACGCCCACCUAGCGCGCGUAAACUUCGACGGCUCAGACUUCAAGAUCCUAACAGAAGGUGACGGCGACCACUCAUGGUAUUUCAGCGACGACCGCACGACAUUCACAGACACCUGGUCACGCAUGGACAUGGCCUACAAGACCGUCACGCGCGACGCCGAAACAGGAAACAUGACGACCGACGUCUCGUCCGGCAACUUAGACUACCUCCUCUGGCCCCUCCCAGAGCGCUUCGCCGCCCCAGGCAGAGACAACACCACGCUAAUCCACGGCCUCAUCUUCCGCCCCUACCAAAUGUCCAACACCACCAAAUACCCCGUCAUCGAGAAAAUCUACGCCGGACCACAGGACUUCUACGUCCCCAAAGCGUACACCUCGCACGACGAAGCGCACCGGAUCGCAAACGAAGGCUUCGUCGUCGUCCUCAUCGACGGCAUGGGCACAAACUGGCGCUCGAAAGCCUUCCACGACGUCGCAUACAAAAACCUCAAAGACGCAGGUUUCCCCGACCGCAUCGCCUGGAUGAAAGCCGCAGCCUCGACACGCCCCUGGAUGGACAUCUCGCGCGUCGGUGUCUACGGCGGCUCAGCAGGCGGACAAAACGCCAUGGGUGCUCUUCUCUUCCACAACGACUUUUACAGCGUCGCAGCCGCAGACUGUGGCUGCCACGACAACCGCAUGGACAAGUUGUGGUGGAACGAGGCGUGGAUGGGGUACCCUGUAGACGAGAGCUACGCGGAUAGUUCCAACGUUGUGAAUGCGGAGAAGUUGGAGGGGAAGCUGCUGCUUAGUGUUGGGGAGCUGGAUACGAAUGUUGAUCCGGCGAGUACGAUGCAGGUUGUCAAUGCGCUGAAUAAGGCGGAUAAGGAUUACGACUUGUUGUUUAUUCCGGGGGGUGAGCAUGGGGUGGCGACUUCGGACUCGUAUGCUUUGAGAAGGACGAGGGAUUUCUUGUAUCGGAAUUUGAAGGGGGUGGAACCACCGAAGUAG